AUGGCCGAAGUCGAAAGCACCGUCGCAGACGACUCGUUCGUACAGUCCGAGCCUCAAGAUGAGCAGCAAACGCAUAACAUGACGGUCGGCACGCGACGCCAGGCAAACGGUACGAUCGGCUCCGUUUACUCGGGGAACAAAAUCAGGCAUCUCAAGAAGGAGGAUGGAAUUCCGUUAUGGCGCAAGGACAUCCAGCAUCAGUUUCUCAAACUGGUCUUCGAAGACAAGACACCCGUCUUCACUCGAUGGCCAGACGGAGAGAAGGGCCUGGACUUCGCAGAUAUCUACAUCGAUGCUAUGGCGAAGAGUAGCAAAACGAGUAAGAUUCUGAAGGAUAAACUUCAAAACGACAAACAGGCAGCCAUCAGCAUGGCGAUGGUCUGUCUGCUGGUGAACUUCGGACGCAUGAAUACCACACUCAACUUUUUCCCUGAAAUGCGAGCUCAACUACGGACUUAUCACUCUAUCCCUUCCUUGCAAGCGCACCAGGACCCCAAUGCCUACAAACAGCUACAAGAUGCCCCGCGUCUGAAGUCCAUCCUUAAGGGAGCAUCAGAGGAUUGUGAUCAGCCGAACACGCUCGAUAAGAUCCGACGUCAGCGAAUUCCUCGGACAAACCCGGUCCAUCUGAUCUUCGUUUUGGCCCAGUACGCUCCCAAGGUAUCUGAAAUGCACUUCUUCCCUCCCCGCGACUUUUUCGAUCUGGUCAUGAGAUCUACACUUAGCAGUAAGAGUCGUGCGAGGGCCUUCUUGUGGUUGAUGUGGUGGUAUUUGGAGAGUGACUUCUCGCAGGAGGCAGCCCUGAACAACCCAUUCGGCCCCGGCCUGGAUGGCGAAGGAACUGGGGGUCUGCCAAUCAAAGUACCAAACUUUGAGAGCCUCACUGAAGAACAGGCAAACGAAGAAAAUGUGGACACACAGUCCGAAAUCGAAUAUGGAGAAGCCAAACGCUUGGAGCGUAAACGGAUCUUGGAAGAAGAAGAGCCAAUUCCUAGGAUAACCAAACGCUCUAAGAAAGGCCUCCUGGAACCUGGAUAUGACGAUGACCAGGUUUCGGGCGAUCUUUCUGGCCGAGGGGAUGGUCUUGGAGGUCGUGGAUCUGCCAUGUCGACUCCAUUACACCCCUCGUCCAAACGUUAUCCGGAUGAUGAAGAUGACUAUCAAACCCCGGGACAAUCUGCCCGUUCCCGGUAUAAGCGACCCAAGCGGGAUUCAUCUCUUAAUCGUUCUGUUGGUCAGCAGCGCCUCAUCCUGAAGACAAAAAUGGAGCAUACCCCUGACGCUUCUUCUCCGGCCCCUCCAGGUUCUGGUCACCCGAUUCUCAAUAGGUUUGUUACGGAGCCUUCUUUGCCCCAGCAGACCUCUUCCCGCCGUCCCCGCCCGCUUACCCAGCAUCAGCUGGCUGUAGAGCAAAACAGGCGGCAGCGUAUUGAAUACAUCCUCGCCAAGCGGAAGAACGAGGCCUACCGGCUCCUCCGCACGAAACGUGAAACCGAAAUUCCGUUCCACCGUUAUAAUCGCUUGCUACAGAACGUCCCCGAUAACUACGACACGGAAGAUGAGGAGAACUCGUGGGGUAAGGGGGGCUUGAUUCCCAACCCUGAAGAGGAGGAAGAUUACGGCGAGUGUGCCAGCUUCUACUUGUCCGUCAUUCGUAAAGCCGCAAGGCGACUAGACAGGUGGGACUAUGAAGAUGCUAAUGGCCCGAGGAGAGACCGAAAAAAGGAGAGGGAAGAGCGGCAGAAGGCGAGACAAAGCGGAUUUGGUCUUGACACGGAGCUGACAGGGCGUGUGCCAACCUCUGCACGUAGCAGAGCUCGGGCCGCGCGUAAUGCCAAGCGCAAGCUCGCCGGUGCGACUACGGAUGCUUCUACGGCGGCGACUCCCAAGAAUAAGAGCACGUCGGUCUCUCGUUCUAAGAGCAACCGGAGCCGUGCAAGCCGCCCGGCCGGGGAUGCACUGGCAGCUCCUGAUGGUGCGACUAAGGAUAGUCUCGAGGCACCAUCUCAAGACCAGGAACUGUCAUCGAUGCCCGGGGAUAUGGACGGUGAAGCAGAAGAAGGCCUCGAUGACAUCGAUCGCGAACUUCUUGGCGAAGGAAGCGGUGAGGAGGAUGAGGGUGUUUCUCGAGGGCCUCUACCUUCUCGUCCUGUGGAGCCAGGCUACGAAGAUAGUUUCAUCGGCGAAGGGGGAGAUGACGAUGCAGACGCGUUGUCUUCGGAUGAGAAUGAUGAUGAAGCAGAUGACGAUGAUCUUGAGGAAGGUGAUGGUGACGAAAACUCGUCCACAUUCGAAGGCGGCAAUGGAUAUGCCGCCAGUGAGGCUUCAUCAGUUGCUGGCGAUGCCGUUGGUAAAAGCUUGGAAAUACGAACGGGAGAGAAAGACGAAGAAAACCUAGGCGAUCUUUGA